AUGAACAAAGUGGCAGACACACUUGCUGAUGGGGGUCAUAAUGUGGUACUCCACACUUGUUUGUACCUUUUUUUCAAUAAAUAAUUACAGACAUUACUUCAACCCUACGUCUAUGAACAUUUCGGAACAAUUCGAGUUGUUAAGAACAAGAGCAUCGAGGUAAACAGACCAUUCUUAUCCCCAUUAUGACGUUUUUAAUGAUUUCAGAUUGUGGACUACCACAACACUGAAAACGCCCCGACAAACGAGCAGUCAGCAAGCACUUUCAAGUUCAUGUGGGACAGCGAGAUUGUGAAUAAUCCGGUGACUGGAGCGAUAGCGGUAGACGAAUACUUUUCGACGUUUCAGUUCUUUAAUAUACACAUUUCAGCCAAUGUUCCUUCUUUACAAUGAGUUCAAACCAAUGUGUGAUAGUGAGUUUGACAGAGAACAAGAGAGUAAACAAACAUGAAAAAGUUUAGAACUGCUCUCCGAUAAAGAGCUCCACAGCUGGAUUCUUUCGAAAAAGUUCGAUGGAUUCGUGGCUGAAACUUUCGAUUUCUGCGCACUUUGUAAGUUUUCUUCUUUCCUAAUGAGUUCUUGGCUUCAUAAAAUGGAAGUUAAGAUCUCGGUGACCACCUAAAGUUGAAUCUCCUUCCCAUGUUCUCCACAGUCAAGAACAUCCCCGGGUCUCGUGCAAUAGGAGAGCCAUCUCUGCUGACGUUCACCCCUUGUAAGUUGCACCAAUCUUUCAUUCUCACAUCCUUCUCACUCAGCUUUGCACACAAAGUAUGGAGCAGAACAGACGACUUCUGACCGUCUGCAGGACAUUCUCGCAUUCAAUUCCUUCUACUACGCGUUCGGGAAGCUGUUCGAUCGACAGUACAACCAGGCCCAUUCGAUUCUGAAUGGAGACGUCCGUCACUGGAAAGACAUAUUCCAAACUUCCACUUUCUAUUUUUACAAUAACAAUCCGUACAUUGGGUUUGCAAUGCCAACUCUUGCCAAGUCUGUGGAGAUUGGCGGAUUCACUGUGGAUCCGCCGAAGAGUGUUCAACUCGACGAAGAGUUUGAUCGCAUUCUCAAACUGAGAACGUUUAACGUUCUUGUUUCGUUCGGUACAGUUGUUCAAUCAGCUGAUAUGCCAGAGAAAUCAAAGUAACUAUUUGAACUUGAUAUUUUUAUUUCAAGUUGAAGCUUAGAACUGGGCUGAUCGAGAUGUUCAAGAACCUGCCGGACACUACAUUCAUCUGGAAGUACGAGGUGGAUGACGAGAGUAUUCUGAACAGGUUACCGGAGAAUGUGAUUCUGAAGAAGUGGGUUCCACAGCCUGAUCUUCUCGGUUAGUUCAACUUCUACUCCUAUUCAAAAACAAUAAAUUCCAGCUGACAAACGACUGAAUCUCUUCAUAACUCACGGAGGUCUGGGGAGCACAAUUGAGGUUGCCUACUCUGGGAAACCAUCUCUAAUGGUAUCCCUCCAAUCUUUUCUUUCAACUCCCAACUCACUUUUCCAGAUUCCAAUAUUCGGUGACCAACUUUUGAACGCCAAGAUGUUGAGCCGUCACGGUGGAGCUAAAUUCUUCGAAAAAUACGAUCUGGAGCAUCCGGAGAAGCUCACAGAAGCAGUUCGAGAAGUGAUUUCAAACGAGUCUUUCAAUGCAAACGCCCUUCUUUUGGCCGAUAUUCUCCGAAAUCAACCGAUUGAUCCGAAACAGAACCUACUGAAACAUGCCGAGUUCGCAGCAAAGUGAGUCAGAUUCUGAGACUGUCAGGGGAAGAUAUUGUUGCAGAUUUGGGAGAGUGUGUGCUCUGGAGCCGUACAAUGUGCACUACAACUUCAUUCAGUACUACAUGCUCGACGCCUACGCCAUCCUUCUUCUCUUCGCCCUUUUCACAUUAUAUCUCAUACAUUUACUCAUCAAAUUCGUGUACCGACGGGUGUUCAAAUCGAAAUCAAAGACCGAGUGA